AUGCCGUCCAAUCUGCGCCGGCUAGCUGCCGACCAUGCCGCCUUACACCGCGAUAUGCCGCCGUAUUAUCUACAGCCAUCAGACACCGAUGAUCUAUCACAACUGACAAUCCUUCUAACGGGCCCCGCAGGCACGCCUUUUUCACAAGGAUUAUGGGAGCUUCAUCUUAAGAUGCCCAAUGACUAUCCAAAGAGCCCACCCAAGGCUACUUUCAAAACGAGAAUAUGGCAUCCUAAUAUGGAGGAGCUCACUGGGGCUGUUUGUGUGGAUACCCUCAAGCGGGACUGGCAGCCCAACCUCACCCUUCGCGAUGUACUGGUGACAAUCUCAUGUCUUCUUAUCUACCCUAACCCCGACUCCGCCCUUAAUGCCUCUGCGGGCGCUCUCAUGCAAGAGAACUAUGAGGCCUUUGCACACCAAGCCAAGCUUAUGACCUCUAUCCAUGCUCCAAUCCCGCCCCACUUGAAAGAUGCAGUGACCGAAGCAAAACUUCGGGGCGAGGAAGCGGGGACAAAAUUAGAAGACAAAGAAGACGACACAAUCCUACCCCACCCCGGGAAACAAGCAUUCACCCAUACCAUCCAUGCGAAGAAAUCAACCCGUAGGACCACUCCAUUCGAAAAUCCACCACAGUCCUCAUCUCAUUCCUUUGCUCAACUCUCCCCGCCCCCGACAGACGAAACCAUGAGCGACAGUGAAAAUGACGACUCUGCUAGCGCAAGCAAAGAGAAUAACCCGUCACUUUCUCCCUCUCCCGUCUACUUCGCACCCCCAAGUCCCCGCAAGGGCAAGCGUCCUCUCUCUGUACUGUCAAUUCCAUACCAGGCAGACUCCGAUUCGGACAUGAUGCUGGUCGAUCAGGACUCCGAUAAUGAAACCCCCGCCAUGACACCCAAUGAACAAAAUAUCAGCGCGAACACACGAUCACGUACAUCAUCACCACUACGGAAAAUGCCCAAGCUUUCCCUCGUCUCUGGGAGUAUCAACUCCCCAGGUCGUCUCCGCGAUGAGAUGCCUAUAUUCGAAGACAUCCCUCAGCUGCCGAUGCAAGAUUCUUUGCGCCGACUGAGCGGUGAUGGCAAAGAGAACCGGGGCUCCGCAACUGCACGCGGAUCAAAAGCAAAGCGCGAGCUUUCCCCGAUGAAGACAUUGAAUGGCCCUGCUCCUCUUAGCCCGGCACAUGCUCAACUCCCUCGGCCAGCAUUAUCAUCUCUUCCAAUCUCCUCUUCGGGUAUCCAUAAGAAGAAAGCCAUCAGCGGGCUGCACAAGCGCCUGACCGUCAAUACAAAGCCCCGCAUUGGUAUCCGCCGGUUAUGA